CACAUGUCUAACAAUUUGCCUUGCAACAUAAGCCAUUUUUCACUGCCUCCAAAAUAUCAAGAUUGCUCUGGAAAUUGGAAGCAUACUUGAUUUAAAAGAAAAAACUUUAACAAAUGGACAAUAUGUCUAUUACGAAUACUCCAACAAGUAAUGAUGCCUGUCUAAGCAUUGUACAUAGUUUAAUGUGCCAUAGACAAGGUGGAGAAAGUGAAACAUUUGCAAAAAGGGCAAUUGAAAGUUUGGUAAAGAAGUUAAAGGAGAAAAAAGAUGAGUUGGAUUCUUUAAUAACAGCUAUAACUACCAAUGGAGCUCAUCCUAGCAAAUGUGUUACCAUUCAGAGAACCUUGGACGGAAGGCUGCAGGUGGCUGGUAGAAAAGGAUUUCCACAUGUGAUUUAUGCCCGUCUUUGGAGGUGGCCUGACCUACACAAAAAUGAACUAAAACAUGUUAAAUAUUGUCAGUAUGCAUUUGACCUAAAAUGUGAUAGUGUCUGUGUGAAUCCGUAUCACUAUGAACGAGUUGUAUCACCUGGAAUUGAUCUCUCAGGAUUAACACUGCAGAGUAAUGCCCCUCCAAGUAUGUUGGUGAAGGAUGAGUACGUGCAUGACUUUGAAGGACAGCCGUCAUUGUCUACUGAAGGCCAUUCAAUUCAAACCAUCCAGCAUCCACCAAGUAAUCGUGCAUCUACAGAGACAUACAGCACCCCAGCUCUGUUAGCCCCAUCUGAGUCUAAUGCUACCAGCACCACCAAUUUUCCCAACAUUCCUGUGGCAUCUACAAGUCAGCCUGCCAGUCUAUUGGCGGGCAGCCAUAGUGAAGGAUUGUUGCAGAUAGCUUCAGGGCCUCAGCCAGGACAGCAGCAGAAUGGAUUUACUGGUCAGCCAGCUACUUACCAUCAUAACAGCACUACUACCUGGACUGGAAGUAGGACUGCACCAUACACAUCUAAUUUGCCUCACCACCAAAACGGCCAUCUUCAGCACCACCCGCCUAUGCCGCCCCAUCCUGGACAUUACUGGCCAGUUCACAAUGAGCUUGCAUUCCAACCUCCCAUUUCUAAUCAUCCUGCUCCUGAAUAUUGGUGUUCCAUCGCUUACUUUGAAAUGGAUGUUCAGGUAGGAGAGACAUUUAAGGUUCCUUCAAGCUGCCCUAUUGUUACUGUUGAUGGAUACGUGGACCCUUCUGGAGGAGAUCGCUUUUGCUUGGGUCAACUCUCCAAUGUCCACAGGACAGAAGCCAUUGAGAGAGCAAGGUUGCACAUAGGCAAAGGUGUGCAGCUGGAGUGUAAAGGUGAAGGUGACGUGUGGGUUCGGUGCCUGAGUGACCAUGCAGUCUUCGUGCAGAGCUACUACUUAGACAGGGAGGCGGGCCGUGCGCCGGGGGAUGCUGUCCACAAGAUCUACCCAAGUGCGUACAUUAAGGUCUUUGAUCUGCGUCAGUGUCACCGUCAAAUGCAGCAGCAGGCGGCCACCGCACAGGCUGCAGCAGCUGCGCAGGCUGCAGCAGUGGCAGGGAACAUCCCUGGCCCCGGGUCAGUAGGUGGAAUAGCCCCGGCCAUCAGCUUGUCAGCUGCAGCCGGAAUUGGUGUUGAUGACCUACGCCGUUUAUGCAUACUCCGGAUGAGUUUUGUGAAAGGUUGGGGACCGGAUUACCCAAGACAGAGCAUUAAAGAAACUCCUUGCUGGAUUGAGAUUCACUUGCACCGGGCCCUGCAGCUUCUCGAUGAAGUUCUUCACACCAUGCCUAUUGCCGACCCACAGCCUUUAGACUGAGGUCUUCCUGUCAAGCCCUUCAUGUGACUAGGGUGGUGGACUGACUACACAGUACAAUCCUGUUUAUUAUCUGGAGAUGUAUUUCACUUUUGUUCUGCUUUAUCUUUUCAUAAAGGGUUGAAAGAUAUGUUUGCUACCUUGCUCCUAGCAGACAGAAACUGGAUUAAAACUUUAUUUUUUCCUAUGUAGAACUUUUCAAGCAUGGCUCAAAGCUUGAAAAUCAGGAAAAACACAUUCUUAUAAAAUCUUCACCAGUUACGAAUGAAGGAAUCAUCCCAAUGCUGGAAAUUUUAGCCCUUUUAAAACAUCUUAGAGUCUUUUAUAAUGCAGAACAUCAACAUGUGUGUUAUUCUACAGAAUAAACUCAAUAUUGGUGAUUUUAAAGGCAGAGGAGUUCUCAAAGUUAAUUCACCUCUUAUUUUGUGUGCAAGUUGUUACUGUUGAACAUACUUUCCUCCAAAAUAUUGUGCCAUGCGGGUGAGUUAAUUUUACCAAGAGCAACUUUACUCUGUGUUUAAAAAUAAGAUAGUGAUGUAUUAUAACCUUUUAUCCAAAAUAUUUUUUUGCAAGUUGAACUAGUGAAGAUUUCAAUUCAGAUUGUCUUACGACCUCAAUUUUAUUCUCGUCAAGACAAAACACUAAUCUCUGUGUAUAGUGAGAAAUUCCUAAAAAUGACCUGACCAAAAUAAAGUAUCAUUUAAAAUUACAUUUGGAGAAUGAUCAAGAAAUAUAUUUCACCCUGUUAAACAUAUGUAUUUUCUAUUUCUAGGCAUAAUGCCGGUUACCAUGAAGCCUAGAAGAAUUUCUUUUCUUCAUUAAUUCAUAGGGAAAGGUUUUGUAUUUUUAAAAACACUAAAAGCAGUGCCACUCCACCUAGUAUCUCACUGCUCUGCAAAAGUGGCAAUGCUUUAAACUAAAUAACGAGUAUUUUGGAAACUGCUAAAUUCUAUGUUAAAUACUGUGCAGAAUAAUGGAACCAUUACAGUUCAUAAUAGGUAGUUUAAAUAUUUUUGUACUUGAUUUGAUGUGUGACUUUUUUUUUCGUAUACUGUUUAAAUCAUGUAUGUUUUGACAUUGUUUAAAAUUCAGUUUUUGUAUCUUGGGGCAAGACCGCAAACUUUUUUAUACCUUUUGGUUAUUCGAAGCCCUUUUGCCCAUCUAUGAGCAUAUCAGUUUGGCAGUGAGUGACUUUGUAAAGAAAACUUCCGUAGAAAAAUCGCAAAUGUAUUGACUGUAUCAAGAUACGAUAUGUAUGCUUUUUACUUAGCCAGUAGCUUAAAUAAAACUGAGUCUCAACAUUCGAAGUUGAA